UCGCACGUCACUUGAGAUUUGAGAAGCUGACUGGAAAAAGAGAGGAAAAGAAAAACGGAACGGAAUCCAUCAUAUUCAUCUCCUUCUCCGCGUUGAUCUGUGAAUCAGUCUUUUGGCCAUGGCGGAGCGUGAUUCUUACGGGCUGGGUCCUCGAUUAGAUAUUCAGCAAUUACAAUUUGAAGCCCAGCAUCGUUGGUUGCGGCCUGCUGAAAUUUGUGAAAUUCUUCGUAAUUAUCGGAUGUUUCAUAUCACAUCAGAACCUCCAAACAUGCCACCAAGUGGUUCGCUUUUUCUUUUUGAUAGGAAGGUAUUGAGGUAUUUUAGAAAGGAUGGACAUAAUUGGAGAAAGAAAAAGGAUGGAAAGACUGUGAAGGAAGCUCAUGAAAAGUUGAAGGUGGGAAGUGUUGAUGUAUUACAUUGCUACUAUGCUCAUGGAGAAGAAAAUGAAAAUUUCCAGAGGCGAAGCUAUUGGCUGCUUGAACAGGAUAUGAUGCACAUUGUUUUCGUACACUACUUGGAAGUUAAGGGUCAUAAGACAAGUGUUGGAGGAAAACCAGAUAUUGAUGAGGUUUCAUCAGAUUCCCAAAGAGGCAGCUCUGCAUCAUCUGGUUUUUCGAGAACUUAUAAUAACGUGCCGUCAAGAAGUACAGAUUCCAUGAGCCCAACUAGCACUUUGACAUCCUUAUGUGAAGAUGCUGACUCUGGUGAUCGUGCACAGACAUUGAUUUCUGGAGCAGACUAUCUUUUACAAGUUCAGCAAGAUAGACCUGGAGGCAGUGAUGCUAGUACUUCUUUCAUUGAUGGCCGAAAAACCAAUGGAAUGGCCUUGCGGGGCGAUGGCUCUGAACAACUUACAAAUGGAUUAUCUACUGAUCCGUCCCUUGUGUCAUUUACUUCCAUCCCAUCCAAUUCAAUAGGAAACAUUCUUGAACAAGAAAAUACUGUUCCGGGUGACCUUUUAGGCAUAAAAAAUGUCCUCAUCGGGUCAGCUGGGAGUUCUCAGACCCUCCAAUCAGAUUGGCAGAUCCCUUUUGAAAGUAAUCCAGGGCAGAUGUCGAAAGAGCUUACAACCCAAUCGCUGGGUUUGGAGUUUGGCUCUGACUUUAGCAAUGGUUUGCUGCAACAUGAAACACAUGACCAUGUUGCUUCUGGCUCUCUAAAUUUUAACUGUCAGCAAAAAGAGGAGCCUGUGCCGGAAAACUUUCCAGAACAGCAUACUGAUACUCAAUCUCAAAUUUUGCUGAAAUACAAUUUUGGGAAUGAAGGUCCCACAGAAGAAAGUAUUAAUUAUGCCUUGACUGUGACGCGGCGGUCCUUAUUAGAUGGGGAGGAAAGCCUAAAGAAAGUUGACAGCUUCUCUCGAUGGAUUACUAAAGAACUCGAAGAGGUGGAUGAUCUCCAUAUGCAGUCAUCACCUGGCAUUUCUUGGAGCGCUGAUGAAUGUGGGCAUGUGAUAGAUGAUUCCUCAUUGAGCCCCUCCCUCUCUCAGGACCAGCUGUUUAGCAUAAAUGAUUUUUCACCUAACUGGGCUUAUGCUGAAUCGGAAACAGAGGUUUUGAUCAUUGGAACAUUUUUGAAGAGUCAAACAGAGGUAGCGAACUGUAACUGGUCGUGCAUGUUUGGGGAAGUUGAGGUUCCUGCCGAGGUUCUUGCCAGUGGAAUUUUGUGCUGUCAAGCUCCAUCUCUCAAGGUUGGACGGGUUCCCUUCUAUGUAACAUGCUCCAAUAGGUUGGCUUGCAGUGAAGUGCGGGAAUUUGAUUACACAGAGAGCUUGGCUGAAAAUGUUGAUGUUUCAGAUUUCUACGACAGUUCAACUGAGAUACGGUUUCAUCUGAGACUAGAGAAGCUGCUUUCUUCAAAAUCAGCGCUCCCUUCAAAUUACAACUUUGACAAUGAUAUGGUGAAAAGAAACUCUAUAUUUAAGCUCAUUGCGUUAAAGGAGGAAGAGGCUUCCUCAGACAGGGAAGAGCUGAUGUCAGAGAAGAAUGCGUCCCAGCAAAAGGUGAAGGAGUUAAUAUUUUACGGGCAACUUAAAGAGAAGCUGUACUCUUGGCUGCUUCGCAAAGUAAUUGAAGAUGGUAAAGGGCCAAAUGUUUUGGAUGAAGAGGGGCAAGGUGUGCUUCAUUUAGCAGCUGCUCUUCGGCAUGACUGGGCAAUAAUGCCAAUCGUUACGGCAGGAUUGAAUAUCAAUUUCCGGGACGUGAAUGGAUGGACAGCUCUGCACUGGGCUGCAUCGUAUGGCAGGGAACGGACAGUUGCUGUACUUGUCUCCCUGGGUGCAGAUGCUGGAGCAUUGACAGAUCCAUCCCCAACGUUUCCCUCUGGAAGAACAGCAGCAGAUCUUGCUUCUAGCAAUGGGCACAAAGGAAUCUCUGGUUUCCUUGCAGAGUCUUCAUUAACCAGCCACCUUUCAACCCUCACAAUGAAUGAUCAGAAGGGAGAUGUUGGGCAAAGAGCUUCAGAAGUAGAAGAAGUACAGACAAUUUCAAAACGAACAGCAACACCGGGGUUUAACGGUGAUAUGCCAGAUACCCUCUCCCUUAAGGAUUCCCUUACUGCUGUUCGUAAUGCUACGCAAGCGGCUGAUCGUAUAUACCAAGUAUUCAGAAUGCAGUCAUUUCAGAGGAAGCAGUUAACCCAGUUUGAAGAUGAUGAGUUUGGACUGUCAGAUCAGCAGGCUCUUUCCCUUAUAGCUUCUAAGGCAUGCAAGGCUGGAUUUGGAGAUGAUUUAGCCCAUACUGCUGCUGUGCAGAUACAAAAGAAGUUUCGUGGUUGGAAGAAAAGAAAGGAAUUUCUAGUAAUUCGUCAAAGAAUUGUUAAAAUUCAGGCCCAUGUAAGAGGCCACCAGGUAAGGAAGCAGAAUAAAUCAGUCCUCUGGUCUGUGGGAAUUUUGGAGAAGGUAAUAUUGCGGUGGAGACGCAAGGGCAGUGGUCUACGUGGCUUUCGACCUGAUGCCAAUAAAAUCCCCAACCAAGAAAAUGAUACUGUGAAAGAGGAUGAUUACGAUGUUCUCAAGGAAGGAAGGAAACAAAGUGAAGAAAGGUUCCAAAAGGCACUUACGAGGGUGAAGUCUAUGGUUCAGUAUCCAGAGGCACGGGCUCAGUACCGGCGUUUGCUAAAUGUUGUCGAGGACUUCCGGCGAACCAAGGCAUGCGAUAUGGACGUGAUCAAUUCAGAAGAGACGGUCGAUGGUGUAGAGGACCUUAUUGAUAUUAACAUGCUCUUGGAUGAUGAAAAUUUCAUACCUAUAGCAUUUGAUUGAUUCUUUCUGGUCACUACUCUGAUCCUCUCCACUGUAUAUAGGUGGCCAGAAUUGCCUUUAUUUGGCAUUGAGGAAGUCCUAGCAGUUGCUGUAUAUAUAUUAUAUAUACACAAACAUAUAUAUGAUCAAAAUUACGUUGUUCAAAGGCUGGCUAUGAUUAGACUAUCACAUAUAUGGUUCAGUUUUUAGAAGUCCAGGUAUUGUCCACUAUUGAGAUGUACUAUGAUCUCAUGGAUCCUGGUUUCAUAUGAUAGGACUAUUUCUAUUUAAAAA